UCGGGCGUUUAAAUUUCAAAACUCAACGUAACGCCAAACGGCUUGGCUCUCCCUCCGCGUGCAUCGUUGCGGUGACGAGCGUUCGCUGGUUCGCGUCGAUUCUAACACGGUUCUCCUCGUCUCCUCCGCUUUCGCGAUCUAAAAAGGAUCGGGAGUUUGCCCCCCACGAGUUCCGCGCACGAGUUGAAGCAGCGACUACACGGGACAGACGACAAAACGCCAGAAUAAAAAGGUCCUCCGUGGCAGCGGCGAGACGACUCGGGCGAUGUCAGAACGAUGUGAGAACAACAUCUACUAACGAUGGUUUUCAACAAGAAGGAUCUGGGCAAGGCGUUCUCGCCGAGCAAAGUCAGGAAGGCGGCGAUCAAGAGGCGGUUGUCGCCCGGCGGUACGGUCAAGCCGAGCACGAGCGGCUCCGCGAUGAAGAGCGAGGAGACCUCCGAGAUAUCGAUCAAGGUGAUCGUGCGGGUACGCCCGCCCAACGAGCGGGAGCUGCAGGACAACAGCAGGACGAUCAUCGAGGUGGUGGACGACAAGAUGCUGAUCUUCGACCCGAAGGAACAGGCGACGCCCUUCUUCUUCCACAAUGUGGCGCAGAAGGGUAGGGACAUGCUGAAGAAGCAGAACAAGCAGCUGCAGUUUAUCUUUGACAGGGUCUUCGACUCGACGUCCGCCAACACCGACGUGUUCGAGGGUAGCACCAAGAGCGUGAUCAGCAGCCUUUUGGACGGCUACAAUUGCUCGGUGUUCGCCUACGGUGCCACCGGCGCCGGUAAGACUCACACCAUGCUGGGAAACAGAGAGGACCCCGGUAUCACGUACCGAACCGUGGCGGAGCUGUUCGCCGAGAUCGAGAAUCAGAGCAAGCAUCGCGAAUUCAACUUGGGCGUGUCCUAUCUGGAGAUAUACAACGAGAAUGUGCAGGACUUGUUGCACAAGUCCGGCCAGUUGCAUCUGAGAGAGGACGGUAGGUGCGGAGUCGUGGUCGCCGGUUUAGAACCGAUCGCUAUUCAGAAUGCGGACGAAUUGCUGUCGCUGUUGGCGGAGGGUAACAAGAAUCGCACUCAGCAUCCGACGGACGCGAACAAGGAGAGCAGCAGGAGCCACGCGGUUUUUCAGGUGUACAUCAAGAUAAUCAACAAGCUGGACAGCCAGGUGCAGCGUGUCAAGCUGUCUAUGAUCGACUUGGCGGGAUCGGAAAGGGCCUCGGCCACUGGAUGCAAAGGUGUUAGGUUUAAGGAAGGCGCUAACAUCAACAAAUCCUUAUUGGCCCUUGGAAACUGCAUAAAUAAUCUAGCAGACGGUAUAAAACAUAUUCCAUACAGGGACUCCAAACUCACGAGGCUACUGAAAGAUUCGCUCGGUGGUAACUGUCAUACCGUCAUGAUAGCUAAUAUCGCUCCUUCCAGUCUCACCUACGAGGAUACGUACAACACUUUGAGAUACGCGAAUCGGGCGAAGAAGAUCAAAUCGUACGCCAAGAAGAACGUGUCCUGCGAGAUGCACGUUGCUGGCUAUAUCAAGAUAGUGGAGGAACAGAAGAAGGAGAUAGAUAUUUUGAAGACGAAAUUGGCAGCUUUUGAGAACGGAAUGGUGCAGCCGGUCGAGAGCAAGCCGAACGUCGUCAUGCUGGAGACGUACAACAAGAUGAUAAAAUUGCACGAGAAGAAGAAGGAUUUGAUAGAAAGGAUGCUGGCUCUGGAGAGCUCCGAUAAGAUUUUGGCGUGUAGAAUACUCUACAAGAGGGACGCGGACGAGAGGCUGCGCAAUCUAACGGCGGCCAGCGACGCCCUGUCGCUCGAGGAACAAAACGCCAGCGGAAAGUCGCGCAUCAACAAGUCUCUGCAUUACUUCCAACGGCAGAGAGAGUCACUUAAAGCGCAGAUGCAGGAUACGUGGCAGGAAUUGUGCUCGGUCGAGACGGAGAUACAGGAAGCGAAGGCUAAACCGCUCGACGAGAAUCUGCAGAGUAAACUGUCAUUGGAAAUCUCCAAGAUCGAGAGAUGCUGGAUCCCCGUUAUGCAACAGCACAUGAAGAAGCUCAGCAGUCUCAUGCAGUGCGAGAGGCAGUCGAUUAAUACCAUAACGAAAAAUAUGAGCAACACGUUGCAGAAUUACUACAACAUGGUGAAGGGCUAUGGCACGAUGACCGAUAAGAUGCAGCUGGAGUUCAAGGAGCUGAUAAAGUUGCUCGAGGGUUUUCGAAAUAUCAAAUGGUCCGAUUCGGAUGAGACGGACAAAGCGGACGAUUUCAACAUGAUCACAUGUCUGAGCACCGCCGGGAUGGAUCCGUUGAAUAAUGCGAUGCCGGCGGUCGCCACAGCGAUACCGGAGAUGGACGACGAAGAGCACAAUGUUUGCAACAUGAACAUCUUGAACUCGACCUUCAGCGCGAAUGAAAAUAUCGACACCAAUAUCUCCGACAUAGCCGACGAAAGCAGUAGUUGCGAGAGUAAAUCCGCGCCGAGGGACGAAUCUGCGCCGGAGACUCAACGGGAAAGAAUUGCUACGAAGAACGUGAUCAGGAAACGUGUAUUGUCUGACAAGAACAGCGAGCACAGCAGCACACCUUCCAAGCAGACGAAGAGACUGGGAACGAAUAACAAGACUGUCGUACAGAAUACUGGUCGAGUGGAUAAGGAGAACAAACAGAGGCCUAUACAAAUGAGUGCAAAAAGUAUCGCCAUUCUGAAUAGAUUGAAGAGCGAUACGUCGUCUAAUUUUUCGUCUCUUUCCCGGCACAACAAUAGCGAUGAGAAAACGGACGUGGCGCUUAAGGCGAUACGUAAUAAAGAGAGGCGCGGACUAAUGACGACCCAUCCGUAUCAAAAGUCAACGAUUGGAAAAAAACCCAAUACAGCUCCACCGUCUACUAGAGUUCCAUGGUAAUAGUAGACAAAAAUUUGGUACCUGGACGCAAGAUUGAAGAGAUGGUGGCCUUACGAACAUUGCGUUAAGUAAUAAGACUUUUGACAAGAUUUUUUUAAUAGAUACAAGAUUUUAAAUAUAAUAAAUAUUGACUAUACGUGCUUUUAAAGAGGUAAAGUCAAGGAUUCUAAUAAAAUGACUUCUUUUUAUGUUAUCUAUGUAUGUUUUUUUAGCUUAAUGCAAGAAAAGAUAUAUGUAUAUACAUACAUGUAAUUGUGCAAGCAAUAUUUCUCUCUUUCCCCGUGUAUGUUUAGAAAAUGAAAAUGACAAAUUUCAAAAUUGUAAGCUAUAUCGUGUAUUUUUGUAUGAUGUAAUAUCUUUUUAAAACAUUUAUUCAAGACUGACGAAACGGUACGGAUAAAGUGCGCUCAACAGUCGUGCGUAAUCUUCAGUUUAUUAUUGUCUUCGGAAAUUACAUUACUUAAUAAUUUAAUUUAUGCAAAACCCCGUGUAAUCUCCGUUGCCAAAGAAAAAGAAAGAGAGAGAGAGAGAGAGUGCAUUUAUAUUCUUAAAAUACUCCAAAAUGUACCAAACUUAUGUUUAAAGAUUUACGUCACAUAAGUAAAAAUUAAUACAAAAGUUGAAUUAUUAGAUUAUAUAUGUACUGACAACAAGUGUUCUGCUGUGGGGAAUGUCGACUAAUUGUAUGUAUCCUUAAGGAGAGAAUAAAUUAUUUACGGAAA